AUGGAAAACAUAAAGGUCAUAGCGGCUAAUCAUAGAAAAGUAACUCUUCGGGAGAUGAAUCUUAGCCAAGGAGGAAAUAAUGUCCGUUGGCUAAACGAUCGAGAAGAAAGACUUCUGCAAACUUCUUUACACUCUAUGGAAAAAGCGCAUAAGAGAGCGCUAAGUCGACUGCAAACUGAGGUCAAAGACCUGCACCAUACGUUAAAAGAACAAGCAACAAUUCGCUCACCACUACUAACAAAAGAAGCAUAUUUGUUAGACAAAGACGUCCUCGAAUGGAAGAGGCCUGCAACUGCAGUAAGCACAAAGACUUUUAAACUCCACGAUGAAAGCUUAGCGCAAAGUAAAACUGAAGAGGCAACAAGAAGUUCUGCAGAGGAAGUCAAACAUUCGCCUUUGGAGCACAUUACACUAGAGGGUGAGUUAACAUGGACCACGUUUCUACAAGCUUAUUAAUAAGAUCUAAAUUCUGCAUUAUUAUUCCAUUAUUUGCAAUCGUUUGUAUCGCCGACGUUUUAAGAUGAAAUGUGAAACACCUUUGUCGAGAAAAGAAGAAACAACGCGCAUUUUAGUAGGAUAUAAGGACUAGCUAUUUCGCUUCUUAUUCGAAUGUUAAGCGCGCAGAAAGGAAAAAGAAUCUGCGAAAGUUUGAUCAUUUGUUCAGCGAGCGCACUUGACUGUUAUUCUCAAUCUGUGAGUCUGGAACAUUUUUGUUAUCUGAAAACAGACUUGCAGGAAAUUGUGUAUAAAUGGGAAAGACGACAAUGACGGGAUUUCGAAUAAAGAUAACGGAGAAAAGUACCGUUAAUCCAUUUACAUUCAUAUCCUUAAAUAAAAGAAAAGAAAAGUAAGCAUUUUUCCAGCCUGCGGACAAGGCAGUGUGACAAUUGAGAUAGAAAAUAUUGCUGGUAAUGCGUCAAAAAACCACCACCAAAAAGUUAAGCAGACAUACAGUAGUCAUAUAUCCAGUGAUAUAUUUCUUAACCUUAAAGUCUGUCAUUUUAAAACAGUAAGAUCUCUUGGUAUGGAACACAACAUUGAAAAGGAAUUGCUCGAGGCGCCGGAUCUGCCGGAUUUCAUAAGUAUGCCAUGCUCACGUUCGCGGUUUUUAAGCGCGGUGUUCAACGAAGCGCGCAAAGUCACGACUAGUACUUGCCUUUCUCUUCCAAAAGUGCACUGAAAAAGCCAAAAACCAAAUUCAUUGAAAAUUUUCGAAUAGACUUUUUACUUAUUUCACUUCACCAAGCACACAAAAAAAACGGCAAAAAGGCUUCAGGCAGAGGCUUGCGGAAGCCUGAGUCAGUGCUUUUUUUCACAAGAACGCAGGAAAGGUCAAUUACAUUCUGUAACGUCUUGAAAAACAAAUAGUACCAUGUUUAAGCAUUGCUAAAACGGAUUCAUUUGAAUGGUCACGCUAUUAGAUCUCUUUUAAACACCUCAAACCAAACUUUGAUUACACAUUUUCAGUGAUUUAGGAGAUUAAGUGGUUAUUAAAAAGAAUAAAAAAUGAAGCGAAAAAAGUGGUGGCUAAAACUAAUUGACUGCACUGCGUUUGAGGUGAUUACUCUGGUAGGUAGAAAGUUUGUCCUGACUCAUGUGCCCUGAGGGCACAAUUACAGAUAUUUUAAACAGAACAUAUUUUGAAUUACAAGGCAAACAAAACAUUAAGAUCAAACAUUUACGGUCUAUCCAAAUCUUUUCAUUCUCCGCGAACCAAAAAGUCCUAUUCAUUUUAGCCUGUUCCAUGCUCCAAGAUCAGUAAUGUAUCAAAAUGUGCACAGAUCUUAAAAAAACUGAUACGAAAACUGACGCACGGGCGCUGAUCAUGCCUGAGUGCCUUGUUUUCAGUUAACCCCUUUACUAUCUGGGAGACUGGCAAAGGCUAUAAUUAUUUUAAAAACUGCUUCGACUGGCUGAAAGUUGAAAAAGCACCCUAUCCAUUUUACUGAGCUGGAUAUCGCAAAAGACAGCUCGCCUCAAAUCAUUGAGUGGUGGACCAUUGGCGAAUGCUUUGUUGAAUGCAUAAAGUCUAUGACCACUUCAAAGCUGUUACGGGUAUUUUACUCAAAUUUCAGUUUCUUGCAGCUUUGUAAUGAGUUCACUUCAUUUGCGGAGAUGGGACAUACUGUAAGCGUGUUUUACGGAGACGUGAUUUACCAACAAAAUAAAUAGUGAGGAGUAAAUAUGGAUGUCGCGUGCUUCUUGUUUAACUAAUUCGUUUAAUUUGUCGGUUGAGUCACUCAAUAUCAUUAUCUCUUAUUCACGCAAUAAGUUUCUUCUAAGAGCCAAUAUCUCCUGUCAGGUUCAGUUAAUUUAUACUCUAUAAUUACUACAGUUGUGACUUUGCAGAUUAUAACCAACCUUAAUUGUCCUUAUAACAGAUAUAAACAGCCUCAACCAGCAAAUGACCAGGAGAAGCUCAAGAAAGACGGAAAAACAACCUGAAAUGGCUUGGACAAGAAAGCUGUCAUCGGCCCAAAAACGACCGCUAUCAAAGCACUUAUCGAACUCAUCCGACAACUCUUCGUCUUCAACGAAUGGUGCCUCGGGACAUCGUCGUAAAAUUUCCGUCGCCGAUCCACCUACAAUAAGCGUUGAACUGAGUCCUCAGUUAAGGAGGACGUCUAGUCAAAGCUCGCUUCAGAUCAACCCUAACACCGUAUUCAACCGCGGUAAAACGCGAUCUGCCGAGAUGAUAAACGGCACUUCAGUAUAUCACAACACGGGAAACGCCAUCAACGAUCCUUUUCCACCGAGGCUGAGAAAAGUUUCGGCUCAGUCCAUGAAUCACGUUGCAAGUCCCCUAUUUUUCAGAAGAAAAAUUUCCCAACAGCACGCAACACGCAGCUCAUCGCCUUCACGAGGAGUCCGAAAAAUCUCCUGUCCCCCUAACUUACAGCAUACUCCCAUAAUGCAACAGGAGGAAAUAAUACCUCUGCAGUUAUCACGUGACAGCAGCGUGACAUCCUCACGAGUGACUGUAACCAUGACUACCGAUCUUCCUAAGCUGGAAAUGCCACAUAGGAUAGAGCAGAUAUCGCCUGGCUGUGAAGGCAAUGUUAGUCCGCUAGGACUUCAUGCCAGUGGCAUGGACUGUACCCUCCAAGAAAAAGUCAAUAACUUUCUUAGGAGUUUGGAGAGAAAUGACAACAUUCAUGAACAGGACGAAAAUAGGGCUGAAAAGCAGUAA